AUGGUGCCCAGGAUCUUCGUUGCUGUCCUCAUUUUCGGACUCCAGUGCUCACACUCAAAAGGAGUCCCAGACACUGAACAAUGGAUGUGCCAGCCAGCACCCAGGUGUGGGGAUGAGCUCUACAACCCCUUGGAGCAGUGCUGUCACGACGGGACCGUCCUGCCCUUGAACCAGACCCGCCUGUGUGCCCCCAGCUGUACUUUCUGGCCCUGCUUCCAGCACUGCUGCCUGGAGACCUUGGGCUCCUGGAGUCAGGCUGUUGUGAGGUUUAAGGUCCCGGGCACGACGUCCAACUGCACGUCCGCCCCCCUCACCAGGACCUGUGGUCAGAAAUACCUGCCCAGCAAGCCCUCUACCAGAGCUGGACUUACCUGGACCAUCCUGAGGAGCAAAGACACAGGACACUCAAGAUUGUGAUAUUUAUGAGAUUUAUCCACAUGAUUGCUUGGCAAGUUACAUAAUGUCUCAUCUCUGGAGUGCACCCCUGAAACUAAUAGGAUGUAGCUGGACUGUGUGUUGGCGGGAGCAUCGCUCCACAAUGGAAAAGCUGCAGGUUUGAUUCCUGGCCAGAGCACGUGCCUGGGUUGCAG